AUGGAAAACUCAGAUUCUAGCGAUAAAGGAAAUGACCAAUCUGCAGCACAGCGCAGAAGGCAAAUGGAUCGAUUGGAUCGGGAAGAAGCUUUCUAUCGAUUUGUAAAUAAUCUGAGCGGAGAAGACUAUCGACUUAUGAGAGACAACAAUUUGCUAGGCACCCCAGGUCAAAGUACUGAGGAGGAGCUUCUCAGAGGACUACAGCAAAUUAAAGAGGGGUCACCACCACCGCCGCCACCACAGAGCUCAGAAGAAAAUAGACGUGGAGUCUCUUCAGAUGACCUGUCCAAUGGUGAGUCCAUAAUAGAUUGGCCUAACUCUGUCAGCCAGACUGGCAAUACAACAAGAAGUGGUCAGAGAGGAAAUCCGUCCUGGAGGGCAGUGAGCCAGACUAACCCAAACAGUGGUGAUUUCAGAUUCAGUUUAGAGACAAAUGUCAACCAUAAUAAUGGAAGCCAAACCCCAGAGAAUGAAAAUGAACCAUCUGCUACUCAUCUUAAUGUAGAAAACAUGGACAACAGCAGUCAAAGGCAAAUGGAAAAUUCAGCAUCUGACACAUCAUCUGCCAGAAUACAUAGUUCAGAAUGCAGUUCUGCUGAAGCAUUAACAGAAGUGCCAUCCACCAGAGGUCGGAGGAGGGCAAGAAGCCGGAAACCCUAACACCAGAGAAGAACCAGAGCCAGAGGUGAGAGAAGUAGGUCCUCUCUGCACCCAGCAAAUGCAAUUCCACGAAGAUCUCAUCAUAGCAUCUCAUCUCAGACUUUUGAGCACCCUUUGGUAAACGAGAUCGAGGGAAGUCCUAGAGCCCCUCGCCAUGGGACUUUGAGACAGCAGAUAACUGGACCUGAGUUGCUAGGUAGAGGUGUUUCUGUGGCUUCUGGGUCAAGAAAUUCUGCAGCUCAAGGGACAAGUUAUUCAGACACGGAUACCAAUGGUGAAGCGGCAGGAUCUGGUCAAAGACCUCCAACCAGAGACCUUCAAGUCAGAAGAGUUCUGCUGGGAGAAUACCCGCAGACAGAGAGCAUAGCUAGCAGAACUCGGUCAAGGUCUCAGACCCCAAACAACACGGUCACUUCUGAAAGAGAAGAUGGAGGUUUUAUACGCACCUUUACACUUUUGGGACAUGCAGGUGGGAGAACCUAUGUGAGUAGAGACGGGUUUUCCACUCUUACAAUCUUCGAUCCUGGAUCAAGGGAAACUACAACUGUUCCGAUUCAAACCAGGCUAAGGCAGAGAUCGACAAGUUUGGGUGAGCUUCCAUGGAGUGGAAGAGGGAGUUCUGGUGGUAACAGUUCUGCUUCCGGCUCCAGCUCCAACCCUGGCUCCAGUUCCAAUGGUUACAGUUCAGAAAAUCUCUCAGCGAUGUUUGAAGGAGGAGGUACUGAAGCAACCCGACUUUACCCCUUUCGUGACGACCUCCUACCUAGUGGAUUCACCAAAGAAUGGAUUGAUAACUUAGCAAUGAGAAGUUUCGGUGAAAACGAUGCAUUGACGACAUGUAGUAUUUGCAUUACAGAAUAUACAGAAGGCGACAAACUCCGGAAGCUACCUUGCUCCCAUGAGUACCAUGUCAACUGCAUCUACCGCUGGUUAUGGGAGAAUAUCACCUGUCCCAUUUGUCGCAGGUCUGUCUUAUCUUCUGGGAACAGAGAAAGAGUCGUGUAA